AUGGCGCGACUUGCCUCUCGCGACGGCGCGUCCAAGGGCUUCACCUGGACCACCGUUUUUUACCUGCUUCUUGUCCUGAUUGCGCCCCUGGCGCUCUUCGGCACGACCGCCCACGCCGAGGAGGACUCCGUGGAGAACUAUGGCACUGUGAUUGGUAUUGACUUGGGAACUACUUACUCUUGUGUUGGUGUGAUGCAGAACGGCAAGGUCGAGAUUCUCGUCAACGACCAAGGAAACCGUAUUACUCCCUCCUAUGUGGCUUUCACCGAUGAGGAGCGUCUGGUCGGUGACGCCGCGAAGAACCAAUACGCCGCUAACCCUACUCGCACUGUCUUUGACGUUAAGCGAAUGAUUGGCCGCAAGUUCGACGAUAAGGACAUCCAGAAGGACACCAAGAACUUCCCCUUCAAGGUUGUCAACAAGGAUGGCAAGCCGAUGGUCAAGGUCGACGUCAACAAGACCCCCAAGACCUUCACUCCCGAACAGAUUUCCGCCAUGGUCUUGGAGAAGAUGAAGGAUAUCGCUGAGGGCUACCUGGGCAAGGCCGUCACUCACGCCGUUGUCACUGUCCCCGCCUACUUCAACGACGCCCAGCGUCAGGCCACCAAGGAUGCUGGUACUAUCGCCGGUCUCAAUGUCCUCCGUGUCGUCAAUGAGCCCACCGCCGCCGCUAUCGCCUACGGUCUGGACAAGACUGGUGACGAGCGCCAGGUCAUUGUGUACGAUCUUGGUGGUGGUACUUUCGAUGUCUCUCUUCUCUCUAUCGACAAUGGUAUUUUCGAGGUCUUGGCUACCGCUGGUGACACCCACCUCGGUGGUGAGGACUUUGACCACCGUGUCAUGGACUACUUCGUCAAGCAGUACAACAAGAAGAACAAUGUUGACGUUACCAAGGAUCUGAAGGCGAUGGGUAAGCUGAAGCGCGAGGUUGAGAAGGCCAAGCGUACUCUGUCUUCCCAGAUGUCGACUCGCAUUGAGAUUGAAGCUUUCCACAACGGCGAGGACUUCUCUGAGACCCUUACCCGCGCCAAGUUCGAGGAGCUGAACGUCGAUCUCUUCAAGAAGACUCUGAAGCCCGUUGAGCAGGUGCUCAAGGACGCCAAGGUCAAGAAGUCCGAGGUUGAUGACAUCGUUCUUGUUGGUGGUUCUACCCGUAUCCCCAAGGUCCAGGCUCUUCUGGAGGAGUACUUCGGUGGCAAGAAAGCUAGCAAGGGUAUCAACCCCGAUGAGGCUGUUGCUUUCGGUGCUGCCGUUCAGGCUGGUGUUCUUGGUGGUGAUGAGACUCUCUCUGAGGUCGUACUCAUGGAUGUCAACCCCCUUACCCUGGGUAUCGAGACUACUGGCGGUGUCAUGACCAAGCUUAUCCCCCGUAACUCCGUCAUUCCUACUCGCAAGUCGCAGAUCUUCUCUACUGCGGCCGACAACCAGCCCACCGUGUUGAUCCAGGUCUUCGAGGGUGAACGUUCGAUGACUAAGGACAACAACCAGCUCGGCAAGUUCGAGCUUACUGGCAUUCCCCCGGCUCCUCGCGGCGUUCCUCAGAUCGAGGUCGCCUUCGACCUGGACGCUAACGGCAUCCUGAAGGUCAGCGCCAGCGACAAGGGCACCGGUAAGGCUGAGUCCAUCACCAUCACCAACGACAAGGGCCGUCUCUCCCAGGAGGAGAUUGACCGCAUGGUUGCUGAAGCUGAGGAGUUUGCCGAGGAGGACAAGGCCAUGAAGGCCAAGAUCGAGGCCCGCAACGGCCUGGAGAACUAUGCCUUCAGCCUCAAGAACCAGGUCAACGAUGAGAACGGCCUUGGCGGUCAGAUCGACGAGGACGACAAGCAGACCAUCCUGGACGCUGUCAAGGAGGCCGUCGACUGGCUUGAGGACAACGCCGCCUCUGCUACCGCCGAGGACUUCGAGGAGCAGAAGGAGCAGCUGUCCAGCGUCGCCUACCCGAUCACCAGCAAGCUUUACGGCUCUGGUGCUCCCGCGGAGGAUGACGAGCCCAUGGACCACGAUGAACUGUAA